AUGGAUCCAAAUAUUCAGGGUUCCUUCCUAUUUAACAACAGCCUCAACCAGUUUUCAUCUGACCUGAAGGCUCCUGUGUGCCAGUAUUCAGUACCCAACUCUUUUUAUAAGCUCAGCCCAAGUCUGAACAGCCAGCUGCCGGCCGGGACCCCACACGGGAUCAGUGACAUCCUGAGCCGCUCCAUGAUGGGAAUGGGCUCCCCGGGCACGGGCGCUCUUCUUUCCGGAUACUCUCCUAUGGGAGGCUUUGGCCCGUCUAUCUCCAACACACCUGUGUACUACACCCGAGACUACAACUCGCCCUUGAACAGCUUCAACAAGCCAACUUCAGAGUGUAGCAUGAAGGGGCGCAGCGUGAGCUGCUGGGCUGACAGCAGCUGUGAGUGGAGGCCGGGUCGCCAGCAGUGCUCCAACAACAAUGGCUCUCUCGGAGAGAUGCCCAGCAGAAAAAAGCACACUAGGCCGACAUUUAGUGGACACCAGAUCUUUGCUCUGGAGAAGACUUUUGAACAGACCAAGUACCUGGCUGGUCCGGAGCGCGCUCGACUGGCCUACUCUCUUGGAAUGACAGAAUCACAAGUAAAGGUGUGGUUUCAGAAUCGCAGAACCAAGUGGAGGAAGAAGAGUGCGACUGAGCCCAGCUCUACUCAGAUGUCGCACACAGGACAGAGUGGUGAUGAAGACGAAGUGGAAGAUGAAGAGUACAAUAAGCCCUUAGACCCCGACUCUGAUGACGACAAAGUGCGUCUGUUACUACGGAAACACCGCAGAGCGUUCUCUGUGCUGCGCCUUGGACCACACGUCUGA